AUGAAGUAUCCGGAACCACGAUCCCGGAGUUCACACGUGCGAAGUAGCAGCCCUGUCAACACAACAGUGCUCGCAUGGCGAGACAAUGUCGAGCCAGAACAAUCCGUCACCGACGCCACCUCCGUAACCGGAACUACCAUGAUCUCAAGUUCCAACAACCUAUACUGCGUAUACGCAUACGACCUCCAACGGAACCCAACCCAACAACUUGCCACCAGCAUAACAUCAGACCGGGACCCCUACUGCCCACACUGCAGAGGCGAACUCCACCUCUCACCAGGAAAAGCAUGGGAAAUCUCCAAAUGGGCCGACGACACAGAACGUACCUUCCAAGUUCAGAACCGCUUCGUCGUCAAGUGUCAUCGUGAUGGUCCCGACGGCCAAUAUUGCUGCGUGAUUUGCUCCAAGUACGCGGACUCGGAUACCAUCUGCGGCGACGUCAAGGCUCUUAUCAAGCAUCUCUCGGAUGAUCACGAUACCCGGCAGCUCAAGCAUGAGGAGGAUAUUGUGGAGGUGAUCGAGCAGCCGGGUAGUCGGAGGGACAGCGGCAUUGGAUAUUCUACUUCGGUGAGAAGCAAGGGGAGUCGGAGGAGUGCUAGUCUCGCUGAGGGCGGACGGAGACGAAAGAGUCUGUCUGGGUAUGACCGAGAGGCAGACUCAUUUGAUGGCAGGUUCUCGAGGAGGUAG